GUGGCACCACCCCUGCGACGGGAGAUGGGGGCUCCCUCCAGACCCCCCUCGUGGGGCACCCCAGGGGCACCCCGCAGCCCCCUCCCGUGCGCGCCGCCGUCUCUGCGCGCUCACAGCGGUGAGCGCACGCUGCCGCUCGGCUGUCACUCACCGCAUCCCUCCCGCCCUCCUUCCCGCAGCGCCCGAGCAUGGUGCGCGCUGCAGCUCCGGGCCGGCAGCCCCCGCCGCGUCCCUUCCCCGCCGAGCUCUGCGGGCAUUAAGGAGGAGGAGCGGGCUCUGCCUCCGCUGCCGGGCGCUGCGGGCGCGCAGGGACCAGCCCCGGGCAGAGCGCUAGGCCGGGGCGCGAUGGAGCUGCGGCGCUGGAGGAGGAUGCUGAGGGACCGGCUCCCCGCUCUCCUCCUCCUCCUCCUGGCCUCGGCCUGGCUCUGGCAGCCCGCGGAGGGUCGGCGGCCGCCCCGGCCCCCCCCGUGCCCCCCGAGCUGCUCCUGCACCCAGGACACUGCGUUCUGCGUGGAUUCCAAAGCCGUGCCCAGGAACCUGCCCCCCGAGGUCAUCUCGCUGACCAUGGUGAACGCGGCGUUCACAGAGAUCCGGGAGGCAGCGUUCGCUCACAUCCCCUCGCUGCAGUUCCUCCUGCUCAACUCCAACAAGUUCACACUGAUCGGGGACAACGCCUUCGCCGGCCUCUCACACCUCCAGUACCUGUUCAUUGAGAACAAUGACAUCCAGGCUCUCUCAAAGGCCACUUUCCGUGGGCUCAAGUCCCUGACCCACUUGUCCUUGGCCAACAACAACCUACAGACGCUGCCUCGGGACCUCUUCAAGCCACUGGACAUCCUGAGCGACCUGGACCUCCGUGGCAACACGCUGGCCUGCGACUGCCAGAUCAAGUGGCUGGUGGAGUGGCUGGAGAGCACCAACACCACGGUCCCCCCCGUGUUCUGCAGCAGCCCCGGGCACUUCGAGGGUCAGCGCAUCCAGGACCUGGUGCUCGGGGACUUCCAGUGCAUCACCACGGACUUUGUGGUGCACCAGGUCCUGCCCUUCCAGUCGGUGUCGGCCGAGCCCUUCACCUACGCCAGUGACCUGUACGUGGCCCUGGCGCAGCCCGGUGCCAGCAGCUGCGCCAUCCUCAAGUGGGACUACGUGGAGCGCAAGCUGCGGGACUUUGACCACAUCCCGGCUCACUCCGCAGUGCACUGCAAGCCCAUUGUGGCGCAGGAGCAGCUCUACGUGGUGGUGGCCCAGCUCUUCGGCGGCUCCUACAUCUACCGCUGGGACACGAGCGUGGACAAGUUCAUCAAGAUCCAGGACAUCGACAGCCAGAAGAUCCGCAAGCCCAACGACAUCGAAGCCUUCCCCAUCGAGGGGGAGUGGUACUUUGUGAUUGCCGACAGCUCCAAAGCGGGCUCCACCAGCCUCUACCGCCUCAACCAGAACGGCUUCUACUCGCACCAGGCGCUGCACCCCUGGCACCGCGACACCGACGUGGAGUACGUGGAGAACGACGGCAAACCCCGGCUCAUCAUCGCCAGCAGCUCCCAGGCGCCCGUCAUCUACCAGUGGAACCGGGCACAGAAGCAGUUUGCGCCGCAGGGGGAGGUGGGCGAGAUGCUGGACGUGCAGAUGGUGAAGCACUUCAGGGUGAAGCGGGACCAGUUCCUCUGCCUCAGCCGCUACAUCGGCGACUCCAAGGUGGUGCGCUGGGAAGGGCAGCGCUUCGUGGAGCUGCAGACGCUGCCGUCCCGUGGCUCCAUGGUGAUGCAGCCCUUCUCUGUGGGGCAGCGGCAGUACCUGGCCCUGGGCAGUGACUUCUCCUUCACCCACGUCUACCUGUGGGAAGAGGAGAAGCAGAAAUUCACCAAGUUCCAGGAGCUGCUGGUGCAGGCCCCCAGGGCUUUCCGCUCCGUGCUGGCUGCUGACGUGCAGCUCCUCCUGGCCCCCAGCUUCAAGGCCAAAACCCUGGUCUACCGGCAUGUGGUGGUGGACCUCAGCCUCUAGACACGGCCCCGAGCUGCCAGCGCGGCCCCAGCGCGGCUUCUGCCUGGGGAUGCGCAUGCACCCGACUGCCCCAUGGUCACAACCCCCCGUGUUCACCGCCCCGGCCAAUCCUCCCCAGGGCAUCACCCAGCCCCACAGCCCCCAGUUCCCCCAGGAGUCCUGGGAUCCCUACAUGCAGCACCCACAGACAUCCCAUGGGAUGUGGGCAGGAUAACGGGACACCCCUUCCCCUGCAGGCCUAUGAGUGCCUGUUUGGGCUGACAGGGAUGGGGGAAACUUGGGCAAUGGGGUGGAGGCUGCAGUGGGGAGAUGGGGGGUGUGUGUGUGGAUGUGAUGCUCCCAGGAUACAGGGGUGCUCCCAUGUAGAUGAGAUGCUCAAGGUGGGUGGGAUGCCCAGAGGAGGACAGGAUGCUUGAGGCCAGGGGAAUGCUACGAUGUGGAUGUGGAUGGGAUGCCUUGAGAAGGACAGGAUGCUUGAGGCCACUAAGAUGCUCCAAUGUGGAUGUGGAUGAGGUGCCUCAAGGCAGAUGGCGCCAGGAGGAUGCUCCAGUGUGGACGCAGAUGGGAUGCCCUGAGGAGGAUGGGAUGCCCUGAGGCAGAUGGGAUGCUCCGCGGUAGUGCCACCACCACCAGAAGCAGGGCUGACCUGCUCCCGUCCCCCUCCAUGCAUGUCCAGGCGGUCCCUGUACCCGCUGCCGGGCAGGACGCGGUGUUCCAGCUGUUCCCGAGCUGUCCGUGCCCACCGAAACGCUCCCAGAAUAAACCCGCUGUGAGUGCUG